AGAACACCCAAAGUCCCCAACAACCCCAAGCACAGUGUUGAAAUCUCAAUUCUCAGCCAUCCUUUUUAAAAGUUUCCCAUAAAUUCUCAUUUCUCUUGCAAACCCAAAAAAGUGCACCAAUAAAAAUCUCCAUUUCCUCUUCUCUUCUCUUCCUUUCUGUUUGAGUAGAGACCAUAACAAUGGCGGCCACCUCAACCACCCAAACAAAUCUCUUUCUCAAAUCUCAUUUCACCCAUCAACAAAAACCCAAUCACGCAAUAACCCAAACCCAUUUCUCUCUACCUAAGAUCCGAAAACCCUUUUCACCAAUCACCUGUUCAACCACAUCGACCCCCACACCCACAAUCCAAACCCAAGAUCCAACCACCCAUGACCGGGUCUUGAACUUUGCUGCAGGCCCCGCCGUUCUUCCUGAAAAUGUCCUUAAAAAAGCUCAAUCGGAGCUUCUAAACUGGCGGGGAUCCGGUAUGAGUGUAAUGGAAAUGAGUCACCGUGGGAAAGAAUUCACAUCCAUCAUAGAGAAAGCGGAGGCGGAUCUUCGUACCCUUUUGAACAUUCCUCAGGAUUAUACUGUUCUUUUCCUUCAAGGUGGUGCAACUUCUCAAUUCUCUGCCCUUCCAUUAAACCUAUGUUCUGGUGCCGAAGAUGAUGUAGAUUAUCUGGUCACGGGUUCAUGGGGUGAUAAAGCGUCAAAAGAAGCGUCAAAAUAUGCAAAAGUAUCCACUAUUUGGUCUGGUAAAUCAGAAAAUUAUGUUAGGAUUCCUAAUUUUGAUGGGUCUGAAUUUACGCAAAAUGUGAAUGCUAAGUAUUUGCAUAUAUGCGCCAAUGAAACUAUUCAUGGUGUGGAAUUCAAAAAUUACCCUGUUCCUGCAAAUAAAGAUGGGUUUUUGGUUGCUGAUAUGUCAUCAAAUUUUUGUUCAAAACCUGUUGAUGUCUCUAAAUUUGGUGUUAUUUAUGCUGGUGCUCAAAAAAACGUUGGUCCAUCUGGGGUUACAAUUGUUAUAAUUAGGAAUGAUUUGAUUGGAAAUGCUCAAAAGAUUACUCCAAUUAUGUUGGAUUAUAAGAUUCAUGCUGAUAAUAAGUCACUAUAUAAUACACCUCCUUGUUAUGGGAUUUACAUGUGUGGAUUAGUUUUUGAAGAUUUGUUGAAUCAAGGUGGAUUAGUUGAGGUUGAGAAGAAGAAUAAGAUUAAGGCUAAAGUUGUGUAUGAUGCUAUUGAUGAAAGUAAUGGGUUUUACAAAUGCCCUGUUGAGAAAUCUGUUAGGUCUUUGAUGAAUGUGCCUUUUACAUUGGAGAAAUCCGAGCUCGAAUCGGUGUUUAUCAAGGAGGCAGCUAAGGAGAAGAUGAUUGCACUUAAGGGUCAUAGGUCUGUUGGUGGGAUGAGAGCUUCUAUCUAUAAUGCUAUGCCUUUGGCUGGUGUUGAGAAGUUGGUUGCUUUUAUGAAGGAGUUUCAAGCUAAGCACACUUAAGGAGUUUUUCUAGGAUGAUUGGAUCGUCUUUCGGGCGGUUUCAUGCUGCUAAGAGAUGAGUUUCUGUGUUUUUCUGGUUUUGUUAUGGCUUUGUUUUUGUUGGUUGUGGAAAUAGUUUCUGGUUUUAGAUAUUGUGAGGUUAUAUAAGAGCCUUUGACUGGAAUCUGGAUGAAUAAAUUGGUUCACUGUUAUGCAGCUGAUUAGAUUGUAAGAUUACUAAAUUUAUGGAAACUUAUUGUUAGUUAUUAUGAAUGAAAGAUCCUUUAAUCAGUUUUAUACCCCUCUAUUUUAUGUUCUGUGUUAGUUGUGAUUGUAUGUUCUGGUUCUUAAUGAAUAAAUUGGUUCAGUGUUGUGCAGCUGAUUAGAUUGUA